AAAGACACACAAAAAAAUGUUUAUGCUGUCAUGCAUCUAUACAUCUGUCCUCAAAUAGAUCAUACUUUCUUAACAAUUUUGGCUUUUGAAACCCUCCUCUCCCUUGGAAUUUCUGUUAACCUUCCUUGGGGUGGGUAUGGAUAUUUUCUGGAACUGCACACUGGCCAACUGUUGGUAACUUGUCAGGAGCCUGUAAGUUAUUCUGUAGAUCAGCAGCCUUUGAUCGACAGUCAGUUAAGCAGAGCUAAUCUUCAGAAUAUACCUGUUCAUCACAUUAUAACCAAAAUAAACAAACAAAAACGAUGCUUUCAUCAUCCUAGAGGACGAUCCUACAUGGCCAUAUAUCUUGGCUGGAAGCCUUGUCUUUGUGCUGAUUGUUUCAAUUCUGGUUGGAUUUUUAUUGUGGCAGAGGUGAGAAUAGUAAACUUUGAGACACUAUACUAUUUAAAGAAGUGGUAAUCUCAAGACAAAGUGAUAAAAGCAAUCCAUAAUUUACGCCAAAGAGUUUUGGUAAAGGACAUUAGGGCCAUUUAUAUGAGAAAAAUAAGCCAUGGCCUACAUACAACACGAACUGGACCAUUUAUGCGAGCAUGGCUUAUUAAAGAUGCAAAGUGUUCAUAUAAAUGGUUCGCGGCUUAUUUGUGGCCUCACUUUUGUGUUGGUUGUCAUAGCAUUCACAGAAUUGUGUGAGCUGUUCCGUAAGUGUGGGAAAAAUUGUGCUUGCACAGUCUGAGUUUGCAUCUUACGUAAGCUGCAAACAAGCCGUGAUACCAUUUAUACAAGUGAUUUCACAUCCUAUAUAAGCCCCAUGCUUAUUUAAGCCAAGCUUGAAACACUAGUAUUACACAAGUCGUGGCUUAUGUUAUCCAUGGCUCAUGUAAGACAUGAACUGGCUAAAAUGUACCAUUUAUACGGUAAGUUCGUGUCUUAUGUAAGCCUUAUGUAAGCCCACUUAAGUAAGCUGUGGCUUAUUUUCCUUGUAUAAAUGGCCCUAUUGUAUCUGAGAUUUUCCAUGGGUACAGUUAACUCCUGUUAACGUAAACCCCAGGAAACCAGAAUUGUGCACUAACUCGAACUAAAAUUGAUUCCCUUAAACUUGAACCCUCAAUAACUCAAACCUCUCACUAACUGUAAUGCUCAGGUCAUAUUCUUUAAACAUGUUUGUUUUCAAGAUUUAGAUAAAUGGAAUCCCUCUCAUUCUGUUAUUUUGCUACAUUUUGUUUAAAUCCCAUCAGGAUUGUUGAUUUGCUGUGUUCUCUAAGUAUCAUUCCACUUUUAGUGCUUCUCUGGAAUCAACCGGAUUGAAGCCAGAUUGAAAGAGUAUGUUCACCAUUUUUGUUUGUCCCAUUUAUUUUAUUUUCUGACAGAAAACAAGCUUUUGAGGCAGCUUUAUUAGCUCAAACAUGGAAAAUAAAAUAUGAAGACAUCAAAUGGCCAAAGAAUAAAGGAAAGUUAGGAAGUAGGAAGAGCAUGGUAAGCAUGGCUGGAAGUGAACGUGGAUCAAUGGAAGAGCUACGAGGGCAAAUUUUUACAGUCCUUGGGAUUUAUGAGGGCAACUCAGUGGCAGUUAAAAAGUUACAGAAGGCAAAAGUUGUUCUGGAACGUGAUGUGUUGUUGGAGCUAAAGGAAAUGAAAGAUCUCACCCACCAGAAUAUCAACACCUUUAUCGGUGCUUGUGUUGAGCCUGGUAACAUUUGCAUCUUAAGCCAGUACUGUGCCAAAGGAAGUCUACAGGAUGUGUUACAUAAUGACAGCCUGAAAUUGGAUUGGAUGUUUCAAAUGUCUAUUUCAUCUGACAUUGCAAGAGGCAUGCACUUCUUGCAGAAUAGUCCAGUUCAGAUUCAUGGCAACUUGAAAUCUUCAAACGUACUCAUUGACAGUCGCUGGACAUGCAAAGUAACUGAUCAUGGACUGUUUCUGUUCAAAGAGGGACAAGAGGUUGAUGUGGAAGCAGGAACAGAAGCCAAGUAUUAUGACAGCCUUUGGACAGCACCAGAACACAUCUUUAAUGAACAAUUUCCCCGAUCACAGGCUGGAGAUGUCUUCAGUUAUGGAAUUAUACUUUCCGAAAUUGUAACUCGUGGUCUACCAUAUGGCAUGUUUGAAGAUCUGUCAGCUAGAAGUAUGUGUGACGAUCCUACAUGGCCAUAUAUCUUGGCUGGAAGCCUUGUCUUUGUGCUGAUUGUUUCAAUUCUGGUUGGAUUUUUAUUGUGGCAGAGAAAACAAGCUUUUGAGGCAGCUUUAUUAGCUCAAACAUGGAAAAUAAAAUAUGAAGACAUCAAAUGGCCAAAGAAUAAAGGAAAGUUAGGAAGUAGGAAGAGCAUGGUAAGCAUGGCUGGAAGUGAACGUGGAUCAAUGGAAGAGCUACGAGGGCAAAUUUUUACAGUCCUUGGGAUUUAUGAGGGCAACUCAGUGGCAGUUAAAAAGUUACAGAAGGCAAAAGUUGUUCUGGAACGUGAUGUGUUGUUGGAGCUAAAGGAAAUGAAAGAUCUCACCCACCAGAAUAUCAACACCUUUAUCGGUGCUUGUGUUGAGCCUGGUAACAUUUGCAUCUUAAGCCAGUACUGUGCCAAAGGAAGUCUACAGGAUGUGUUACAUAAUGACAGCCUGAAAUUGGAUUGGAUGUUUCAAAUGUCUAUUUCAUCUGACAUUGCAAGAGGCAUGCACUUCUUGCAGAAUAGUCCAGUUCAGAUUCAUGGCAACUUGAAAUCUUCAAACGUACUCAUUGACAGUCGCUGGACAUGCAAAGUAACUGAUCAUGGACUGUUUCUGUUCAAAGAGGGACAAGAGGUUGAUGUGGAAGCAGGAACAGAAGCCAAGUAUUAUGACAGCCUUUGGACAGCACCAGAACACAUCUUUAAUGAACAAUUUCCCCGAUCACAGGCUGGAGAUGUCUUCAGUUAUGGAAUUAUACUUUCCGAAAUUGUAACUCGUGGUCUACCAUAUGGCAUGUUUGAAGAUCUGUCAGCUAGAAGUGUUAUUGGUCGAGUUCAAAAAGGAGAGACUCCAUCUUUCCGUCCUCGCAUUACAAAAGACAUUGUAGGACACGCUCUGUAUGUUGACAUGAUGAAACAGUGCUGGGAUCAAGACCCACAUGCAAGGCCCAAGUUUACAGACUGUAUUAAAUAUCUUAAGCAGAUGAACAAAGGAAAGGACUUCAAUAUUAUGGAUACUAUGAUCACCAUGAUGGAGAAGUACACCGAUCACUUGGAAGACAUUGUUGCCGAGAGAACCUCAGAGCUCGCCGCUGAAAAGGCAAAGACUGAUGAGCUAUUGUACAGGAUGUUACCAAGAUCUGUAGCAGAGGAGUUAAAGAGAGGACAGCCAGUCACUGCUGAAACCUUUGACUCCGCUUCAUUAUUCUUUAGUGACCUCGUUGGAUUCACAAAGCUCGCAUCUGAAAGUACUCCUUUACAGGUUGUCGAUUUAUUAAACGAUUUGUACACUUGCUUUGACGAGAUCAUUGACAUGCAUGAUGUAUACAAGGUGGAGACAAUUGGCGAUGCCUACAUGGUGGCUUCUGGAUUGCCAAACAGAAAUGGUAUCAGACACGCUGGGGAGAUCAGUAACAUGUCUCUUGAUCUGCUUUCAGCGAUGACAUCUUUUAAGAUCAGGCAUGUUCCAGGAAAGCAGCUGCAACUAAGAAUUGGGAUCCAUACAGGCCCUGUUGUUGCUGGGGUUGUAGGUCUCAAAAUGCCGCGGUAUUGUCUUUUUGGUGACACAGUUAACUAUGCUAAUCGAAUGGAAUCCUCUGGUUUGGCUCUCUGCAUUCACGUGAGCCCUGAAUGCAGAGAAGUUCUUGAACAGCUUGGCGGGUAUAUCUUGGAAGAACGAGGAUUUGUGGAAAUGAAGGGCAAGGGGAGUAUCCUAACUUAUUUCUUAAAAGGACGAGAAGGUUUUGACAAGCCUCUUCCAGAUCUAAGUCUACAAGCGGGCAUGGAGGAGCACAGUUUUAAGUAACUGUCCUUAAGUGGUUUUAUUUCUCAAGGCGAGACCUGCGUGUUUAGUGCAAAUAUAAACACUUUGAGGAUAUUUGGCCUUUGGAAUUUUUUAUCUCUACCACAUAAACUGAAAAAAAACCCUGACUUAUCUAUUUAGUGCUUGAUCUUUGAGGUUUGGUUUCUUAGGUGUCUUGUCCGUAUUUUAGACAGAGAAAAAGUCAAUUAUGAACGCUAUAACGCUAUAGCUUUGAUAGCCAGUUUUCGUUCUAGGUUUUUCCUAGUCUAUGUCACUGUUUCUGCCUGUCGUCUUGGAUUACUUUGGGAGAGUUUUUGCGAAAACUACACAGCUAAAAGGGAAAAUAUUUCCCGCCGCACGUCCGCGCUUCUUGGUCCCCCAAAAUACUUCACUUGACUUACAGGCAGCCGGUCACUGAAAGUAGCGGGACGAGCGAUAAAUGCACACAUGUCUACACCAGAUAGAAAGACAGCUAAGUUUCAGUUUUUAUUGCGCUCAUUUUCUAAACCACUUGUUGGGUCCGUCGGAAGACAAAGUAAGCAUGAAAUGCACUUUCCUGGAAGUCACUGAGCUGAAGUUUGCUCGCAUGACUUACAUUCUCAUUUCGCCGUUCUUGCCCGGCAAUUUUAAUUAACGGAGUACACGCCAAUCUUAAGCUUUCGGUUGUUUGUAUGUAAAGAUCAAAGUUCCUUGGAUCUAAAAAAGAAAAUGGCAAAAGAGACUCGUUCUCUCGACUACGCCAACUUUCGCAGUUCUUCAAAAACUACACAGGAACUCGUUCACAGGGCCGUCCGCAACUGUCCCGUUCACUAAGAUCAUAGACAUUCAGAUUUUUUGGCCAGUCAGACUGGAUUCGCAAUUCUAGUUACGCUGGUUUGUACAUCAAUAUCGAAGACUGAGUCAAAAACAGGCUAAGUUGGUCUAGGCUAAUUAGCUUUUGUUUGGGUAAGAUCCUAGCUCUCACGCAAUAUACUGAAAAGUAGACCCGUUCAGACCCGUUUAAGUUCAUUGUUUAGUGUUUUGAGUCGCCGCUGCUUGUGGUCUUUCAUAUCUUUUGGCUUACAUUCAUAAUUUAUUUCACUACUAGAUAUAGUCACUUAGGCAUUUAACUUUUACAUUAAUUGUAUUUUGUGACAGGUUCUGUUUCGACAUUAGAGAGGUAAAGCAUGACGUUAACGGCAGACGGCAAACGGCGAAGAUAACCUCUGAUUUUGAGUUCUUUUCUUCUAAUCU